AUGUCUUCUGGAAAUACAGCUCUUGCUGCAUCGCUUGCAAGUUAUCUUGAUAGAAAGAUUCUUGUUCUGUUACGCGAUGGAAGAAAUCUGCUUGGUACACUUCGUUCUUUUGAUCGAUUUGCAAAUGUAGUUUUAGAGGGUGCAUUUGAACGAGUAAUCGUCGGACAUCUUUACAGUGACAUCCCUCACGGGCUACAUGUAAUCCGAGGGGAGAAUGUUGUUUUAAUUGAACUUACCAGCUCUUCUCUGCUUAUCAUGAAGGAUGAAGAACUGGAUGAACUUCCCAAGCACAUGACCAACGUUUCAGCUGAGGAAAUUCGGCGGGUGCAGAAAAAUGCAUCAGAUUUGAAGGGUUCAAUGCAAAAAAGAUUAGAGUUUCUUGAUUUCGAUUAG